GCGGGUCUUUCCGAGGUGCAGAGAGAGGAACUGAUGACUCUAGAUGAUGUGGCUGAGGACUUCAGGGAAGAAUAUAUUACCUGGAUGCUGCUUAGAGAAUCCUCUCCAGGGAUGCCACCCAACACAGUUAGAAGAAUGGGCUCUUAAAGGGAUUUCUAGACCGAGUAUAAUCUCUCAGCUGGAACAGAAAGAAGAGUCAUGGGUCCUACAACUCCAAAAUUUUGAGGAGAGGGAGAUCCUAAGGGAAAGUCACACAGACUUUGAGAAUCAGGUGGCAAAACUCAAUCAGAACACUUCUGAAACAGCAGAACAAGGUGGAACAUCCUCAGAAAGGUCCAAUAAAAAUAUUUCUCAUACUCCUAGUUGGGGAAGAAACUGGGAGAGGGACCUUGAAUUAGAAGGACAACAUGUAACCCUUCCAGGAGAGGGCCAGCAGGAACCCUUUUCACAGGAGAGGGAUUUAAACAAGCUCUUGGAUGGAUACAUAGGAAAGAAGCCUGUGUGUGCAGAAUGUGGAAAAAGCUUUAACCAGAGUUCCUAUCUCAUAAGACACCUAAGAACCCAUUCUGGCGAGAGGCCUUAUAAAUGCAUCGAUUGUGGGAAAGGCUUCAAACAAAGUUCAGACCUUGUCACCCACCGCAGAACACACACAGGAGAGAAACCCUACAAAUGCAAUGGGUGUGAGAAAAAGUUCAGCGACAGCUCGACACUUAACAAACAUCAGAGAAGCCAUACAGGUGAGAGACCCUAUGAGUGCCCAGAGUGUGGAAAGACUUUUGGACGGAAGCCACACCUCAUAAUGCACCAAAGAACUCACACAGGAGAGAAGCCCUACACAUGCCUCGAAUGUCAUAAAAGCUUUAGUCGGAGCUCAAAUUUCAUCACCCACCAGAGGACCCACACAGGAGUGAAACCUUACAGGUGUAAUGACUGUGGGGAGAGUUUUAGCCAGAGCUCGGAUCUGAUUAAACACCAACGAACCCACACAGGAGAACGGCCCUUUAAAUGCCCAGAGUGCGGGAAGGGCUUUAGAGAUAGUUCUCAUUUUGUGGCUCAUAUGAGUACUCACUCAGGAGAAAGACCUUUCAGUUGUCCUGACUGCCACAAAAGUUUCAGUCAGAGCUCACAUCUGGUCACACACCAGAGAACACACACAGGUGAGCGACCUUUUAAGUGCAAUGACUGUGGGAAAGGAUUCACCGACAGCUCUGCCCUCAUUAAGCACCAACGAAUCCACACAGGAGAAAGACCCUAUAAAUGUGGCGAGUGUGGGAAGAGCUUCAAUCAGAGUUCCCACUUCAUUACUCACCAACGAAUCCACCUAGGAGACAGACCCUAUCAGUGUCCUGAGUGUGGCAAAACCUUUAAUCAGCGUUCCCAUUUUCUCACACACCAGAGAACACAUACAGGAGAAAAACCUUUUCACUGUAGUAAAUGUGACAAGAGCUUCCGUCAGAAAGCACAUCUUUUAUGCCAUCAAAACACCCAUUUAAUUUAGGAAGUAGACUUUAGUGAUUCUGCUAUCCCCUUCCAAAUUUCCAUUGCUUCUAUAUUUACAUACCGCAGGGGAGAAAACCUGAGCCAGGGCAUCAGGUGCAAGCUGGGCCCUGAUCUAUUCUCACUCUUUUUCCACGUGAUAAUGGAGAGGAUAUACCUAUAGUGUUCAUAUAUGUUCUGAACACAAUAGGCAUUCCUCUAGCGUUUUUAACUAGCUUUUGGGGAAAUGUGAAUUUAAUGGUUGAUGCCUGGUUAUGAAAAGAAAAGUGAGAUAAAUCUGGCCUAGAGAUCACAUGUAAGCCACGUCUGCAGUGGCUGGCACAAAGUAGGUGCUCAAUAAAUGAUUAAUAUUUGAGAUCUUUUAUAAAACCCCUAAUACAGUGCCCAUCCUUUAAAAGGCACUAGUACAUGGUUGGUUGCUUUUAUCAGCCUUAUUACUGAAUAAAGAAUUAGGGCAGACCCCAAGCCCAAAACUUGCAAGAAGUUAGAUUGAAACUAGAAGGUUUGGAGUGUUAGCACAGGGAUUUAAUAAAAUGGGAAACCCUUUCCCAAUCUAAUGCUGGUCAGGCAUUAGUCAUCAGAUGUCUCAUUGCCAUGACAAGGCAGAAUUACUGAAGAGGAUGUUUGUGGUCUUGCAACAGAAUUUCAGAAGUUCUUUGUACAGCCAUUUAUGAGAUAGAGGUAGAGGUUUGCUGUCAUCUGAGGCAUAUGCUUUUUUCUCCCCUGGAUUCUUGGAAAAUAUCCUAUGAUGAACAAGCCAGAGGAAACUGGAAGAGGACUGUAAAAUUGUGGAAAUGAAAUUACUGAAAAUGUUAAAUGAUAUUACAGGGAUUCUUGGCAUUUAGCUAAAGAAGGCAAUUGUUUUUUAAUUUGCUGUGUCAUUGGCCCUUUAGUUUUAGGUUAAUGCACUUCUCUGAUCCUUUUAGGGCCAUUCAUUUUAUGCACUAGUAUAUUCCUACAUUUAACUGAAAUAAAUUGAGAGAAGGAGGUGUAUUGGAAAGAACACUGACUUCACUGAGAAGGUGAGUUUUUGAGUCAUGGCCCUGGCACUUUCAUUUGGCCCGACUCUCACUUUCUCUCAUCCCCAAGUUAUAUUUACCUUACCUACUUCACAAGGUUGUUGUGGGGAUCUAGUACUUAUGUGUAUAUAUGUACACACACAUACACAUCUAUAUAAAAGCACUUUGUUGUUAAACUAUAAAGUAUGAUAUUGCUAAAGGUUAAUGUACAGUAUUGUUGCUGAUGUUUUUUUCCCAAGGAAUGCUGGUUAAUAUUUUUCCAGGUGUCCCAUUUUCUCUCACAUUGAAGGAAUUCUUUUUUUUUACAGGUUGAAAAACUAAGGCCUGAGAAUGCUAAAUGACUCAUUAUGGGUCACAUAGUUAACAGAAGAGCCAAAAUUUGGCCUCAGGUGUCUAGAUUUCCGUUCUGCAGUCCUCCUCAACGAUAUGGAACAGACCAAGUUUGGGAUUUACUAGAGUACCUCUGAGACUACAGGAUUGAGGGACCCAUAUUACAUUCUUAAACCAGUCUGAAUUUGGAAAUGAUGGAGGGAUUUAGCCUAAGUCCUAGGGAGCUUUAGUAGAAUCCUGUAUUGGUGGCCUUUGAUCCUCAUGGAGUGAGAGUAGAGAGGUAAGGGCAGGUGCAAGAGGUUAAGGAGGGAGUUCAAUGGUUACCACUCUUGAAAGAGAGAAGUGGUGGACCUGGGGGUUUUUUUCCUCCAAGUCUCCCUGCAUCAACACAGACUGAAUUAUUACAUCAGCCUUGGAACACUAGUUCAUUUUCUUCCGUUAUAUGGAAUGCCAUCUGAGUGCCAUAACUCAUGGGGGAUAGAACUCAGCUAACUUAGCUCCUUUUUUGAAAGGUUAAUUAGAUAGUUGACCAGAAAAAAGAAAUGUGGUUAAUCCAGUGCAGUGGUUCUCAAAAUGUGGGCCCAGACCAGUAGUGUCAGCAUCACCUGGGAACUUGUUAGAAAUGCAACUUCUCAGUCCUACAUCCCAGACUUGCUGAAUCAGAAACCAUGAGGGUGGGCCUCAGCACUCUUUUUUAAUAAGCCCUUCAGGUGAUUCUGAUGCACACUCGAGUUUGAAAACUGCAGCCUUAAAAUAUCUCUUCUACUAAAC